UCCGUAGAAAGACGUAGCUGUUUUGGUAUUUGAUUCGCUGAAAGACGAAGAGCGAAAAAAGUCCGAAGAGGGUUUUUAACUUCGGAGGUAAAACCUUUCUGGGUCAAUUGAGAAGCCUUGGCUUACUGGGUCAGUUUGGAAGCUUUUUUCUUACUGGGAUUCUGGGUCCUUCUGCUUUCGUUGAUUUCAGCUUCCCCAAGUUACUUCACCUCAAAAGUCUCAGUCUUGGAAGCAAUUAACACCCAAAGAGAAGAUCUUUCCAGCCACAGAAACCAAUCAAUCAAUCAGGUACCUCAUACGACAAUCAAGUUUGUAGUUUCAGAUUGUCGUCUUCAGCUUCUGAUUCUAAUCACUGUUGAGGUACUUCAGCCUUUUCUUUUUCUGGGUUCGUUUGAUUGCAUUGGAUUGUGCCUCAAGUUCAUUCCUUUAUGUGAGUUGUAUCGAAUUCUGUGAGUGUUUUUGGUGUAUAUUGGGGUUUUUGGAUUUUGGGUAUGCUCUGUUUGGUUGCUGAAAAGAUAGGUGGGAAUUGGAGAUUCAGAAGCUUAGAGUUGUCUGCUAUGUGGGUUAUGAAAAUUAAUUAUAUUAUUGGUUAGUUGAGUUGAGGUUUGAUGAUUACAUAGUCUUAAGAUUGUUGAUAUAGAUUGGUGGGUGUCCUGUGUCAAAGUGGUUGAUGCUGUUGGAAUGGCACUUGCGUUGGUCCGGAACCUACAGAACUUUUGGCCCUUUUCAGUACUCAAACCCGAUGACCUGAAGUUAUCUAAUGAAUUAGUACGCAAACUUGGAAUACCCGAACACACGAAGCAAUUUGUUUACGCGGUUCGUGAGCCUGAAAAGGAGUCUGUGAUUUAUAUCUUAUCUGCCCAGAGUUUAUCAGAGUGGUCAGCAUUGGAUGUUGAGUGUUUGAUAAGGGAGGUUAGACCUGAUGCGGUCAUUGCGCAGGUGGAUGUUUCUACCAUGACUGAAGUUCAGUCCGAGAAGAGUGUGUCAAGAGAUGGUGUUGACAACUCGGUUCCCACUUCGUCGUUUCAGGUUCUGAAACGAUGUUUUCUGGAGAAGGUCAAUAAGGAUAACUAUGAGAGUCUUGCAGGAGAAUUGGUUUUACAAGAGAUUUUUGGGGUUGGUUUUCACGGACAUUUUUUGGCGGCUAGAAGGGUAGCUCAAGAAGUUGGGUCAUCAUUCUUGGUGCUUGAAUUUCCGUCUGGAAAAAAUUCUGAUGGUGAGGAUACCUCAGGUGAACUUGAUGCAGUGGCAAAGUUCCAAGGUUUAGCUAGUAGUUUGGUUCCACAGCAAUUGGGUUCAGUUGCUUCAUUGAGUUCGAAGAGGUUUCACCUAACCAAUGAUUUGCAGUCACAGAUGGUGAAGUUGUUAUGUCCAUACAUAGAUCUCUCAAUAUCAAGGCUAAGUCCAUCCAGUUCUGUUUCGGAGGUGGGGUCAAAAGAUAUUCCACCGCAAUCUAGUUACGAGGUCCCACAAUUUGCUCAAUCAUUUUAUCCAUUACUUGUUGAUCUAUAUAACAUAUUUAUUGAUCUUCCAUCAAUAGGAAAGGUUCUAGCUCAUGCGCAAAAGAUGCUUUAUGAUGUGAACAAAGGUGAAGCUGUAGAUACCAAAGAUAUAUGUGAAGUGUAUGCCUUCAGGAUUGCUGUUGAGGGGCUGAGAAUUUCUUUCAACAAUGCUGGUCGACUUCCCAUUAAUAAAAUAAGGAAUCCCAACUUAAAUAAGACUGAGUUUUCUGAUCUUCCAGUUGAGGACAAAUCUCAAGCUCUCUUCGCACAGGCCCUUCGGAGCCAGACUAAGAAGUUCAAUACCAUAGUGGCAGUAGUGGAUGCUAGUUGCUUGGCAGGUCUUCGAAAACAUUGGAAUACUCCUGUUCCUCUAGAGGUAAAGGAAUUGGUUGGACAGCUCAUUACUGAUUGUGGUGGUGAGGGGGAAAUGUCUAAUCAUACUGACAAGAAGCGGUUAAUUAGUGGUAAACCUUUGGUGGCAGUUGGGGCCGGGGCAACAGCGGUUUUUGGAGUCUCUUCACUCUCUAAGGUUGUUCCUGCUUCGACCUUUAUGAAGGUUGUGACUUUCAAAGUUCCUGCUUCGACCCUUGUGAAGGUUGUGACUCUCAAACUUCCUUCUUCACUUCAAUUCUUCUUAAGCCAAGCCCAUAAGACAGUGGGACUUUCCCUUAGUAAGAUUCUUGGCACAUCGAAAGUGGUAGUUCCUGGUGUUGCAAGUUCUGGAGUCAAAUCAGCAACUGUGUUGAAAGCAACCGCGUCUGCUGAGAAGAUUCGAGCAGUUGCCCACAGUGUUAUUGCCAGUGCUGAGAAGACCAGCUUCUCAGCAAUGAGAACAGCAUUUUAUCAAAUAAUGAGAAAACGGCAGGUCCGUCCAAUCGGUGUCUUACCGUGGGCUACAUUUGGAUGUAGUAUUGCAACUUGUGCCGGGUUAUUUGCGUAUGGAGAUGGGAUUGAAUGUGCAGCUGAAUCUGCUCCUGCAGCUCCAUCAAUUGCCAGUUUGGGUCGUGGGAUUCAAGGUUUACACCUGGCGUCUCAGGAAGUGAUGCAGAGAGAUGGCACCAAAGUACAAAGAUCUAUUGAGUCACUAAUGUACAGUUUGAAGAAAGUCAGAGUUCAAUAGAGUAAGAAUGCAAUUCUUGUCUUAUUUGUACUAGUGCCUGAAAGAUAGACUUAAUGGAUUUCUACUGUAGAUAUAGAGUUUAUAGUAAGAUUCUUAUAAAUCCAAAUGAAAAAGGAAAAAAGUAUUUAAGCAGUGAUUCUUUUCAUCAUCAAUUUUGUAUUUCCUGGUUCCUUAUUGGAAAUCUGUUUCUAGACUAGAUGCAACCUAUAUACAAAUUUUGCAGAAACUUUUUUCUUGUUCA